CCAUUUUCACGCCCACCAACCCCCCGUAACGGGAAGCCCACCUCCCGGCUUUAACUGACGCCAAAACGGGCGAACUGAAGCGGAGGAGACUGGAUGCGGCCGGCCCCUGACGUCAGGAUGCCGGGGGAGGAGUGACUUUAUGCUGCUGGUGCAGCGGGGAAUGACACGGGGGUUAGCGGAGCGGUGCGGAGCCGGCGCGGGUAGGGCGAUCUCCCAGCCGCUUUUAUUAUAAGGGCUUAUUAUAAGGGAAACCGAAGAAAUGCAGACGAUGAGGAGUAAGGACUGAGCGGACGGUGGUGCCAUAGCAGCAGUCCUCCUGACGUUCCCACUCCUCCUCGCAGGAGUGUGGUGUGAGGCACUUGGGCGUCAGCAAGCAGAAGCGCGUCCACACUUGGGUGUCUGGGGAAGGAGUUUCGUGCCGAAGAGAUGCCGAUCGGCGUCACACUGACACUAACAGCCAUUCCCAGAUGAGCACCUAAAGCCUGGCGGCUACAUCGGUUUCCGUUGCGCCCUGGGCGCCCCAUCCAUAUGAUCACAUGACCCUGGAUAUGGACGCGGUCCUGUCACACUUUGUUCGGUCCACUGGGGCAGAACCUGGUCUGGCAAGAGACCUGCUGGAAGGGAAAAACUGGGACCUGAGCGCUGCCCUCGGUGACUACGAGCAGCUGCGGCAGGUCCACACGGCCAACCUCCCCCACGUGUUUAACGAGGGCCGUUACCAGAAGGCGGGAGAGCGGGACACGCCUCAGCACCAGAGCAAGCCGGAGCGGCCAUGCAUGCCCAAGCAUGAGGAUGGGAUGCAAGAGAAACGCCUCACGCGGGGCAUCUCCCAUGCCAGCUCGGCCAUCGUGUCCUUGGCGCGCUCACACGUGGCUGGCGAGUGCGGCGGCAGUGAGCAGCUGCCCCUGGAGAUGCCCAUUUACACAUUCCAGCUGCCCGACCUCAGCGUCUACAGCGAGGACUUCCGGAGCUUCAUCGAGUGGGACCUCAUCGAGCAGUCCACCAUGGUGGCCCUGGAGCAAGCUGGUCGCCUGAACUGGUGGUCCACCAUGGGCGCCAGCUGCAAACGCCUGCUCCCACUCACCACCACCGGCGACGGAAACUGUCUCCUGCACGCCGCCUCCUUGGGAAUGUGGGGCUUCCACGACAGAGACCUGGUGCUCAGGAAGUCCCUGUACGCCAUGAUGAAGAGCGGCGCCGAGAGGAACGCCCUGAAGAGGAGGUGGAGGUGGCAGCAGACGCAGCAGAACAAGGAGUCGGGGCUGGUGUACACGGAGGAGGAGUGGGAGAGGGAGUGGAGCGAGCUGCUGAGGUUGGCGUCCAGUGAGCCGCGAGCACAUGUCAACAAAAGUGACGGCAUGACUGGAGGGGUGGAUAACUCAGAAGAGCCUGUGUACGAGAGCCUGGAAGAAUUUCACGUCUUCGUACUGGCGCACGUGCUACGACGACCCAUCGUGGUGGUGGCUGACACCAUGCUAAGAGACUCUGGAGGAGAAGCGUUUGCUCCCAUCCCCUUUGGGGGGCUCUACCUCCCCCUGGAGGUUCCUCCAAACCAGUGCCACUGCUCCCCGCUGGUACUGGCCUACGACCAGGCCCACUUCUCCGCCCUGGUGUCCAUGGAGCAGAAGGAGCAACAGCGAGAGCAAGCUGUUAUUCCCCUGACUGACUCAGAGCACAAGCUGCUGGCUCUCCACUUCGCUGUGGACCCUGGGCAGGACUGGGUGUGGGGGAAGGACGAUGGAGACAGCAGCAAGCUUGCCAAUCUCAUCCUGUCUUUGGAAGCCAAACUCAACCUUCUGCACAGCUACAUGAAUGUAACAUGGAUCCGAAUUCCAUCAGAAACAAGGGCUCCCCUGGCCCAGCCGGAGUCUCCCACAGCCUCGGCCGGAGAGGACGUGCAGUCACUGGCAGAGUCCGCCGACUCGGACCGCGACUCCAUCUGCAGCAACUCCAACGUCAACAACAGCAAAUCCGGCAAGGAGAAGGACAAGCAGCACAAGGACAAGGAGAGGGAGAAGGAGAAGACACGGGUGGACUCGGUGGCCAACAGGCUAGGAAGCCUGAGCAGGACGCUGGGGAUUAAACUCAAGAAAAACAUGGGGGGGCUGGGGGGGCUGGUCCACAGCAAGAUCAGCAGGUCGAGCUCCACCAACGGGCGUAACACUGAGAAUGGCGAGAAGGUCCGCAAGAAGGACCUCAAAUCACAAAAAGGUAGCAAGGAAGAGUCGGGAAAUUCAACCACCACGUCCUCCUCAGAGAAGACCACCAGCCCCUCCCCCAUUGAGGGGCCACUGGGCUCCUCCCCCCCAGACAAACUUGGUAUGCUGGGCAGGCCCCUGGGCGACAAGGCGGCAGACCCAUGGAAGUACAGUGCUGACGUCAAGCUGAGCCUGAGCAUCCUGCGGGCGGCCAUGCUGGGUGAGCGCAAAUUCAUCCUGGCCGGGCUGCUGCUCACUAGCCGCCGGCACCAGUUCCACCAGGAGAUGAUCAACUUCUACCUGGCCAACGCCCAGGAGCGUUUCAGUGCCGAGCAGGAGCAGAAGAGGAAGGAGGCCGAGAGGAAAGCGCUGCCCAACGGCAUGGUGGCAAGGAAGCCUGAGCAGGAGAGCUUGCUCCAGAAGGACAAGCCUCACAGCUCACCAGAUGCAGUCUGCUCCCCCAUCCCACACCAAAGCCAUAACUCGCAGCCAGUCGUAAAGACGCAGGAGAGGAACAGUCCCACGCUGGCACCUCCUUGUAACGGUGCUAAAAAACCUGGGCCCAUCCCCGUGUCCGUUCACUACAGCCACACACCCCCAAUCCAGAGGCAUAGUGUCAUCCAUCUGCAGCCCAGCUCUCUCCCCAGUGAGCCCCGCAAGCCGGCCGCCCUCCCCAUUGAACCUCGCAAGCCAGCCGCCCUCCCUAUUGAACCUCGCAAGUUGGCCACCCUCCCCAGUGAGCCCCGCAAGCCGGCCGCCCUCCUCAUUGAACCUCGCAAGCUGGCCGCUUUCCCCAGUGAGCCCCGCAAGUUGGCCGCCCUCCCCAUUGAACCUCGCAAGCCAGCCGCCCUCCCUAGCGAGCCCCGCAAGCCAGCCGCCUUCCCCAUUGAACCUCGCAAGCCGGCCGCCCUCCCCAACGAGCUCCGCAAGCCGACACUGGGCAGCUUGAAGACAUGCGCCACCUACCCCCAGCAGAACCGCACGCUGUCCUCUCAGAGCCACAGCCCAAACCGGACGCCGGGGAACCACGUGCCGGGGGCCCGCACCAGUGACCCCUACAGCAUGCCUGGGGAGCACAAGUCCCACACGUAUACCAACGGCUUCGAGGCUGGCAAUAGCGGCGAGCCCCUGGACGAGGGUUCGCCCGCUCGGGCCUGGCCGAGCCGCGACAAGCCCAGAGGCCGCGGCACCGGCUGCGCGUUUUACUACCUGCAGCAGAAACGCUGCAAACGGGGGAACUGCUCCUUCUACGGAAGACCAGAAACCGAGAACUACUGCUCUUACUGCUACCGGGAGGAGCUGCGGCGCAGGGAGCGCGAUGGCAAGGCGCAGCGGCCCGGAUAGUGCUGGUGAGGCAGCCGCUGGUGCAGAAGACCUCAGCGAGGCCCUGGGGACACCGCAGCAGCCCGGCAUCCGGCUUCCUGCCUGUCCGGGAAGCCCCUCUGUGUUCUUGUGCCCGAUAACAAAGCGAACGUGGCUGAAAUCGGUUUACAGCUUUGGCCAGAGAUUUUUGUUGAUUUAUUUAUGACUCAGAUUACGAAUUUUAUAUAUUUUUUAAGUAAAAUCUUUUAUUCGAUGACGCAGGGGCCAUAUUACAGCAUCGUAUUGUUUGUCAAGCAUAUGUGCAACAACAUCACAAACACCUCCAUUUAGAACAGUUUAUUCAGAUGCAAUAUGACACAGCUGAAUGAUUUUGUUCGCAAAACUAAUUUAAUUAUGGAAGUAAGUUGCAUAGAGAGCAAAUAUAAAUGCGACAAGUUUUUUAAAAGCAAUAAGUUAUCUGGUGUCUUGAUGUCAAGUUUGUGUGAAGAUGUUUUUUGCCCUAUGCAUUAAUGUUUUCAGCAGAUAGCAUAUUUUGUCAUACCACAGUCAAGUAUGGGCGGUUUUAGUUGAAUACAAUUAAAAUCAGUUCAUGAGCA